UUCAGCAAUGAUUACUUUUCACCAUUAUUGGUUCCACCCUUUCCAAUCAAAUCGGAGGUUAUAUGGCACAAUCAGCUGAUUUACAUUUUGAUGUAAACAUGAAGACUUCGGUCUUUAACUAACAAUGAUAUUCCGAAGCUUAGCCGUGAUAUCAACGCGGGCAUAUAGUCCGAAGCCAACAGCUCGCCAGGCAGAUCUAAUGGCUCGGGGGUUACCCAAGCAAACACCUAUUCCCAAUGUCAAGGAUAUCAUAGUGGUUGCAUCUGGGAAAGGAGGCGUUGGUAAAUCUACUACAGCAGUGAAUCUUUCAGUUACAUUAUCAGCCAUGGGCAAACGUGUUGGACUUCUCGAUGCGGAUGUAUUUGGACCGUCCGUGCCACUCAUGAUGAACAUCUCAGAAGAGCCACUAGUCGACGAAAACAAUCUAAUGAUACCUCCAAUAAACUAUGGUGUAAAAUGUUUAUCCAUGGGAUUAUUAGUUCAAAGUGGACCAAUUGUGUGGCGAGGUCCCCUUGUUAUGUCCGCUUUACAACGGUUACUUCGCGGAGCAGUCUGGGGUCCUUUGGACAUUCUAAUAGUCGACACACCUCCUGGAACUGGAGACAUACAUUUGUCAUUAACCCAAAACGUUCCUUUAUCAGGCGUACUUCUAGUAAGUACCCCACAAGUAGCCGCUUUGGAUGUCACAGCACGAGGAGCUGAGAUGUAUAAAAAAUUUGGAGUUCCACUCAUAGGAUUAUCAGAAAACAUGCGCCAUGCAAUAUGUAGCAAUUGCAAAAGUAAGAUUGAAAUUUUCCGAAAUGUUACAGAAAAGUAUGCCAAAGAUUUGGGAGUGGAGGUUAUAGCAAGUAUCCCAAUUGAUGGAUCAAUAACUGAAUGCUGUGAUACAGGAAUGCCAAUGGCACUUAAAAAACGCGAUUCGGAUUACUCGAAAGAAUUCGAGAGAUUAGGAGAAAGAAUUUUAAAAUUUAUAGACGAUAAGAAUAAAAAGUAAUUUUUACAAUCA